CUAGGCCUAGUUUGAGAAAUAAAUACUCAACUAUUUUAACUCAAACACAUUUUCUCAGGGAAACAUUAUUUUAAUAACAUAAAGACCUUUAUAUUUCCUAUGCUUCAUUGUAUUACUUUUAUGUACCACUGAUAGCUGUUGCACAAAAAUGUCUUCAAGGCCUGUAAUCAAGAAAUUGGAUGAAACGGUUGUCAAUAGAAUUGCAGCUGGAGAAGUAAUACAAAGACCUGCCAACGCAGUUAAAGAAUUACUUGAAAACAGCUUGGAUGCAAAAUCAACCAAUAUUCAAAUUACUCUCAAAGGGGGUGGGCUGAAAUUACUGCAGAUUCAAGACAAUGGAUGCGGGAUCAGAAAGGAAGACAUGGAGAUUGUUUGUGAACGUUUCACCACCAGUAAACUGGUCCAGUUUGAAGACCUUAACUCCAUCGCAACAUUUGGUUUCCGAGGAGAAGCAUUGGCCAGUGUCAGUCAUGUUGCUCAUCUUACCAUCAUCACAAAGACUGAAGAUCAGCCUUGUGCUUACAAAGCUUCAUAUGAAGAUGGAAAGCUAAAAGGAGCUGUGAAAGCCUGUGCUGGAAACCAAGGCACUCAAAUAACAGUAGAAGACUUGUUUUUCAACGUUUCAACUCGACGGAAAGCUUUAAAAAGCCCUUCUGAAGAGCAUGCUAGAGUUUUGGAUGUGGUAAGCCGUUAUGCAGUGCACAAUCCAAAAGUGGGAUUCACCCUUAAAAAGCAGGGAGAAGGGUUGGUUGACUUAAGAACGGAACCAGACUCUACCCACAAGGACAACAUUCGGAUCAUCUAUGGAAACAAUAUCACAAGAGAGCUUCUAGAGAUCAAUACAGAAGACGAAGGUCUCCAACUGAAAGUCAAUGGAUACAUUUCCAAUGUUAAUUUCUCAACAAAGAAACCAAUAUUUCUACUCUUUAUCAACAACAGACUUGUAGACUCAUCAGCAAUCCGCAAAUCGUUAGAUUCGGUUUACGGACUUUACUUACCCAAAGGCUCACACCCUUUCAUUUACUUAAGUUUAUUUAUGAAUCCUCGAAACUUAGACGUGAAUGUUCAUCCAACAAAGCAUGAAGUUAAUUUUCUGCAUGAGGAAGCAGUUAUUGAAAGAAUCAAAAAAGAAGUGGAGAAAAUGCUCUUGGGUGCUAACACAUCUCGGACAUUCUUUACUCAGGCUAGAUUGCCUGAUCUGCCUGAAGUUAUAAAGGCUAAUGACAAAGCUCCAACUGUCUCGGCCAACAAGCUGGUGCGGACAGACAGUACUGCUCAGAAACUAGACAAAUUCUUUCCAAGCCAGAGUGCUAAAACUGUCAAGAGCCCUGACACCCCUGCCAGUUCUGCUAACAGGAGAGACAUUCAGUUGACUAGUGUAUUGAGUCUGAGGAGGGAGGUGGAGGAAGGAGUACACAUGGGUCUGAGGGAGAUCAUGUCCAACCACACGUUUGUGGGCUGUGUAGACCGUGAGAGAGCGCUGAUACAGCACGAGACCAGUCUGUACAUGAGCAACACCAGAUCUCUUGCGGAAGAGAUGUUUUACCAAAUUAUGCUUUACGAAUUUGCUAAUUUUGGCGUGAUUAAAUUCAAGGAGCCUCUACCUCUGCAGGAGUUGUGUCAGCUGGCUCUAGACAGCCCUCAGGCAGGCUGGGAGCCGAGUCAUGGUGACAAGUCUCAGCUGGCCUCGGAGGCCGCCACUUUGCUGUCAUCACGCUCUGACAUGCUACAGGACUACUUCUCACUGGACAUCAACAGCAAUGCUGCACUGUGCGCUAUACCCAUGCUGUUGGUGAACUAUAUCCCAGACUUGGGGCAGUUGCCAAUGUAUGUGUUGAAACUUGCUUGUGAUGUCAACUGGAAUGAUGAACAACUUUGUUUUGAAACAUUCUGUAGACAAACGGCAAAAUUCUACAGCAAACUACCACAAGCACCCUUGGAUGAGAAGUCUAAGGGUGAUGACUGGGCGUGGACUGUAGAACAUGUUAUAUACCCAACACUCAAGUCAAGUUUUCUGCCUCCAAGGAAGUUUGCAGAAGAUAAAACCAUCAUGCAGGUCGCUUCCCUACCAGAACUGUAUAAAGUGUUUGAAAGAUGUUAAAAUAUCGGAAUCUGAUCUCUGAAGUUAAUGGCUACAGUAAAUGCACUUUAAAAAAAUUAAAUGUGAUGUCCGAAAUAAAUAUCAUGUAAAAAAUCUAUAUAAGCAAAAAGGACUUGUUUGCCAGUCUGCAAUGAAGUAUAGUUUUUCUUAAAAAUAGUGUGACAAACUGACAAGCUUGUUUUAAUAUAAUUUUUACAAAAGAUUUUACUGGUGUGUUGGAUUAAACUCGUAGUCAUUAAUAAAACAUUAUUAUAAGAAAUUUGUGUUUACAGAUCAAGCUCAAAAAAUACUUCUUAUAGUCGGGACCACACAAGUUUGCAGUUGAGGGAGGAGCCUAUUUA